GAGCCAUCACGCCAACCCAUAUCCCUGCAGGGUACGUGCCGCCUAAGGAGGGUGGCGGAGCUCCUGGAUGGCGAGGGGUCCUGGCGCAUGGACCUGCUCCGCCGCUACUUCCUCCCUGCGGAUGUCGACGUCAUCAUCAGUAUCCGUACAUCGACCCGCGUCACCGAGGAUAUUAUUGCAUGGGCACCGGAGAGGAACGGUAUCUUCACCGUUCGGUCCGCCUACCGCCUGGCCAUGGACGAGCGCGAGCGUCCUUCGGCUUCCGCCACGAGCAGGGCACCGGAUGGUCGUCGCGCCAUCUGGAAGAUCAUAUGGGGGUGCCCUGCUCCCCCUAAGGUGUCCCCUGGCAAGAGAGCUCUGGCGAGUUAUGGCCUUGGACUGGAACAUCCCCAAGGUGGAGGCCAUCGUCAACACUGGCCCAGAGUGGAUCUUUUCACUGCUGGACCCCUUGGAUGAGACGGCGAGAUUGGUGGUGCUCAUGACCAUGUGGAGAGUAUGGCAUGUCCGGAAUGAGAUCACACACGACAAGGCGCCGCCCACUGCCGAAGCCUCUCGACGCUUUUUGCACGGAUACAUCAACUCACUCAUGUGCAUACAGCAACAUCCUGAUGGUAACCUAGAGAAAGGGAAGAUGGUGGUCCUGUCUUCACCACCACGCGCUCCAGAAAGUACGGCGCCCAAGGUCCGCGCACACUGGGUACCGCCCCAGCCGGGCUGGGUUAAGUUGAACACGGAUGGGAGCUACAUAGCGGCCACAGGUGCGGCGGGAGGAGGUAUGAUCCUGCGUGAUGACAGAGGCGAGAUCAUCUACAGCGCAUGUAGGGAG